CAACGCGGGAGAAGACGAGCCCUUUGGGUCGUCGUUUCUCUAAUAAAAAGUCUCUCUCUCUCUCUGCUUUUCCCUUGUUGAUUUCUGAAUAAAACCUCUCGGGAGAAUGGAUCAGAUCUUCGGCAAGGUUGGAUCCUACUGGAUGGGCCACAAGGCGAACAAGCAGUUUGACUCUGUGGGCAACGACAUCAACUCGCUGUCAACGAGCAUCGAAGGAGGGACAAAAUGGUUGGUCAACAAAUUCAAAGGAACAAUGCAGAAACCGUUGCCUGAGCUGCUAAACGAGUUUGAUUUGCCAGUGGGGAUCUUCCCACGCGAUGCUACGAACUACGAGUUGGACGAGCAGACGAAGAAACUGACCGUGAUGAUCCCAACAGUGUGCGAAGUUGGCUACAAGGACUCAUCCGUCUUGAAAUUUACCACAACGGUCACAGGAAUUCUCGGGAAAGGGAAGCUGGCUGAUGUGGAAGGAAUCAAGACAAAAGUCAUGAUAUGGGUUAAAGUCAGCAGCAUCUCUGCGGAUUCCUCCAAGGUCUACUUCACUGCCGGGAUGAAGAAGAGCAGAAACCGAGAUGCUUACGAGGUCCUCAGAGACGGCGUUCGAGCCGAUAAAUUCUAACCGGUACCAAUUACCGAUUCUUACCUUUCAAAGUUUUUUUUUUCUCUUGCUGUGUCCUGACUCCUGAGUGUGUAUGUACCAACUUUGUUAAUGAAACGCGGAAGCACUUCUUUGUUAACACUUGGGCAUAUAUAUAUACAUGUUAUUCGUGUGCCCAAUGAUUUGGUCUUGACUUUGUAUUUUUUUUUUAUAAUAGAAUCAAAUUGAUAUAUAAGUAACAUUUAAACCAAAAAAAAAAAUUUGAUAUAUAA